AUGAAGAAUCACUUGCAGACUUGAACCAAUUAUUAGAAAUAGAUUCAAGUGAUGCAUGGGCUCUGAGAAUAUGUGGAGAAAUUUAUCAUCUGAUGAACAGACAUGAUGAAGAACUUGUGGAUUUAAACAGAUCGCUAGAGAUUAAACCAGAUGAUGUAUUAACAUUGAGAAUAUGUGGAGACAUUUAUUGUAAGAUGAAGAAAUAUGAAGAAGCACUUGAAGAUUCAAACAAAUCAUUAAAAAUAAAAGAUCAUUAUACAAAAGAUAUUGGUAGAGGUGGGUUUGAACCUGUAUAUGAAGCUUUUUGGCUGGAUGGAAAAAUUAAUGAUUGGAAUGUUGGACAAUGGAACUGUUUAGGAUGUCAGAGG